CCUUCGUCUUCUUCCUCUGUCUUUACUUCGUCGCAUUCGAACAUUGCAAUUGCGUUUCUUUUUACUACAGAUUUCGAUGCGAAAACUCGCAACAAGGCCAGAAAACCGAGCCCAAUUCGAAGCUGAGCGACUGACUUUGCACGGAGCCUCAAAAUGUGAUGCUGGUUCGGGUGCGCGUUAACACCGACCGUAGCGCCACGGCUGACGUGGUGUGGAUGAGACGCAGGGGGAGGGGGAGGAAUCAAUCUUGGGGCAGGUCCACCUGAUCGCAUUUUUGCAACGCUCCUGCGGGUUUCUCGAAGCUUCGUUUGCUGUAGGAGCAAACUUGCGAGCGGGAUUGCCAGUUUUUGGUGAGAGGGGGAGGCUAUUUAUUUUUGGUGUUUGUGUUUGAGGGGGACGUGGUUAGUGCGCGAUUUGGAUGCGCGGUGGGGAUUUUGUGGUGCUUAGGAGUUGUUGUGGCGAACAAUGGGACGGGCAACAAUGCCGACGAGUGGUCGUGCUGUGGUUGGGAGUUUAGGAGGGCGGGUUGGAAGCGGGGGUUCACCACAGCGAACGCAGUUGCCGUCGCAGGAGCUGCUGGACGAUCUCUGCAGCCGUUUCGUGCUUAACAUGCCGGAGGAGGAGCUCAAGGCGUUUGAGAGGAUGUUGUUCUCCGUGGAACAGGCGCACUGGUUCUAUGAGGACAAUGCGAUGGAGCAGGACAUGGCGUUGAAGUUUCUGACGCUUCGGGAAUUCACGUCGCUGAUGUUUCAGAGCUGCGCGGCGCUGCGGCCGUACAUAGCUCACAUUGACAACAUAUAUAAGGAUUUCACGACGUACAAGACGAGUGUGCCCGUGGCGGGCGCGAUCAUGCUGGACGAAACCCUGGAGAGAUGUUUGCUUGUGAAGGGUUGGAAGGCCGGUGCAAGUUGGGGCUUUCCGCGAGGGAAGAAGAACAAGGACGAGGAGGAUUCUAUCUGUGCUGUGCGGGAAGUGAUCGAGGAGACAUCGUAUAACAUACAACCCAAAUUAAACCUGGAUGAUCAUUUGGAGGUAGUAGUAGGGCAGCAGCGGAUGCGUCUAUUUAUUAUCCCGGGUGUCAAGGAUGACACCAUGUUCGAGCCUCAAACGAAGAAAGAAGUGAGCGAAAUAGCGUGGCACAGAGUGGACGAACUGCAUGUUGCUAAACCUGAGUCUGUAAUGCACCAUCGGGGUCCUAACGGACUUAAAUAUUUUAUGAUUUUCCCGUUUGUGACUCCUCUUAAGAAUUGGAUCGCGAAGAAACGACCUCAGUAUUCAAAGAGAGUGCAUCUGCUUCCAACUGUUACAGUUUGGAAGGUGAAGAACAAUUUGUCGUCAGCGGGGUCAGUCACCUUCGGACAAAAUUAUGUGUCCUCAGUGAUGCCUCGAGCACCUGCAGCUGUAGCUGCACCCGUACCAUCGUCAGAGGAAAUCAAGAGUUCUCCAAAGAGCACCCCAGAGAAUUCUCCAAAGAGCUUUCCAAGUAGCUCUCCAAACAGUUCUUCAAACAGCUCUCCAAACAGCUCUCCAAAGAAUUCUCCAAGGGCGGCUCAAGGGAUGACUCCAAAGACACUGUCUAGGAUCCCCCCUAAAACUGUUCUUAAAGGACCUCCUGGCAACGCUUUUAGGGACUUCAGAUUCGAUUUUACUCGGAUUCUUCAGCAGCUUGAUGGUUAAUCUACAAACGUUUGAAGGAGAUUUUUCCCAGGUUGGGGGACUGUAUAUAGGUUCGAUGAAACUAUUCAAUUUUCCUCCCCCUGGCUUUCCUCAACGUUCUGGGUUCAGCCUCUUCGCUCGUGUUGUAUUGUAUCGCUUUCUGGCUUCAGUCUGUUUAGGCAUCCUUAGAUUAUAUGUCUGGGUCUCACUUUACGUGUAACCUGACCUGGGACUGAAUCCACUCUCUCAGCGUGAUAGCUAUGGGGGUGAUACGUUUAGGCUUGGAGGUCAUGGUCCUAUUGCAGCCUACACCUGAUUCUUCAAAACCGUAUGUAUAGUUUCUUUUGGUUUCCUUGUGGAUUAGAAGAACAGAAGCUAUGAUAGCGACAAUCUUAAUGACCUACACAACAUGGAGGUGAAACCGAAGUUCUCUUUGCAGUUAUAGUCGGAGGCACACCUAGUAAUAUCGCGCAGUGAAAGCUUAUGUUUGGGCAGGUUGUAACCUUAGAAGAGAUUGGAGAGGAGCCUCCCUCGGGAAGGAUUCAAUUACUCACAUGAUAGCAUGUGCAGUGUCAGGAGAGUGGGGAGUGAUGUGACGAAUUUUUGAGUUGCAUCGCUGCGUAGUCUUAUGAUAGCAUUCAGUGAUAGAACAAUUUAUCUGGAUUUUGGGCUGUUGUGUACAAUGAAAGCCGCGUGUUGUGAUUUAACUAGGGGUUGUAGGAUGAAGGGAUGUCAUGCUUCUUUUUGGCACAUCUCGACAUCAUGUGUUUUAUAGUUUUAUUUCAGGAUGCAAUUUUUUUCUUUUUUCUUAUUCUUUUUUCUCUUUUCUUUUGUAGAUUCAAUUUUUGAACAGUCGAUAAAUUAGCUUUUGGUUUUGCUAGACGAGGUUAUAGCAGGGGUACUUGCAAAGCAGAGAAGACCAAGGCGGUUGUGGAGAAGCUUUUCAAGAUCCCAGCACUUAAUGCUUUGGUGGUCCUCUCUGCACCUUGAUGUACUCCUGGGGUAAUGGCCAUUGCCGUAUAUUGAAGUUGUAUAGCUACUGCAAGUGCCAGUUAUAUUGCUACAAACUUGGUUUUUGUGUUGCGACACUGAGGUGAUCCUAAAAGACACCGACAAGGUGUAGCAGAUCAUUGUCAAGCUGGUUAUGAUGGCUUGGAAUAUUAUGACUGCAACCGAAGAAACUUGUUAGGGUACAGAGACGUUUCUGUCGCUGACUUGACUCACCGAGCCUGAUGUAUACGUGGAGAUAUUGCUCAGUUAUUCAACAAUAAGUAGAGGAAGCGAACUUUGAAGACAUGCUGCAAGAAAAACGCCUUCAACUUAUAACAAGUGCCCGAGAUGUGUUGGUGCGGUUGUAUUUCAUCAGAGGGAUGAAAAUGCUGUUAAAGUUGGUGUUCUUCCUAAGCAUCUACUGGGGCCGUCUCGCCUAUUUUAAACAAGUGAAUGGCGGAAGUGAAUCGUCCUGAUUCUUUAGUGUUCAUUAUGUGUGAUAGAACAUGCAUCAUAUAUCCUGUAGGUGGACGCUGGACUGGUUAGCUGAACAGACUGAAUCUGUUUAUAUGCUCCGUUUUCACUACCCAUCAGUAAUAUCUUGGAUUCGCAAAUUAGUUGGACAUAAGCCCGAGGUCUUGUAUAGACACAACUUUUUUCUUUCUGCUUUGGAAGAAGAAUUUGGAUUUGGUGAAUAUGUCCACAUAUUCAUGCUGAUGCGCUUUUGUCUUACUAGAAAUAAAAUCAUAUUUUAUGUUCAA